AUGCACAGCUGCAGGAAUGGUUGGGCACGCAGCCGAUCGGGCAAGAGUCACGCCAAGCCAUCAGAGUCUAUUGUCCAGAUGCCCAAUCACAACUCUGGCGCAUGCAACUCGUCCCGCUAUCACUUUCUGCACAGGAGAUCGGGGAUUCGGAGUCGCAUUGGGCUGCAGAUGUCACACAUCACGCUGCCACUGCUCGCCGUCCUCGGCGCCCUGUGCGUACAUCUCGAUCACGGUCUCCAUCCGGCCUCACUUGGCCCUCCGUUAUUUUGUUCCAAGUUCAAUGCCGUCGCGAAUGCGCAGAUUCCGCCACCUAGACGAGACCCUAUCAUCGACCGGAACUCCAAGAGGAGAACACACAUCACGAUGGGGAAGUUUGUGGGCGUCACGAACACUGGUUUCGUCGGCACCGGCGAGAUGAGUGCCGUGACCUCAUACAUGCCCUGCCACAUAUUCGGUGACCAGAGGCUCAUCGGAGCUGGCAUCCGCGUUGGCUUCUAUCUGCUGUAUGCCGCUGCCAUCAUCGCCGUCUUGUUCGGCGUCGACAAGCAGUUCCGCUUCUGGCACGGCGCAUGGGGAAUCCUCACCCUGUCCCUCUUCACUUCCAUGUUCUUGAAUGUGGUCGACUACAGUUUGAUCAUCAUCGACUAUGCCGUCUUGAUUCAACUCGUUCUCUGGUACCCGGUCUACUUUGUCUUCACUGUCUUGUUCCGACAAGCACUCGUCGUCGACGGAAAGAACCACUCCAAGCCCGACCCCGAGUACCAGGAACGUCUUCAACGAUGGAGGAAGGCCGCAGUCACAGAGCUCGACGUGGCGCGAGCCCGUUCUUAUUCCGAGGUCCUCAAGGCCUUCGCCCUCCAUGCGGCAGCUGAGGAGGCAGAACGCGACCACGACGCUGCGCGGGUGGCUCUUAGCCGCGCAGUCCAGCACUAUGUCUCGCACUGGCACGAACAAAUCGAGGUCCAAGACGGCCGCCAGAGCGAAGAUGUGCAGAUCGACGGAGGUGCAGUCACGACAGUGUACAACACCGAGCUGAUCGAGGAGAUCGCAGCGGCCCCGACGCGCGCCGACAUCGAUAAACUCCGCGAUCUUUACGUUGCAGCACUGGUACACUCGCAGCAAUCCGUCGCCGAAGCGCGAGCAACUGAACAAGAAGUCGCCCUCAUCGCAUCCGAAGAACUGAGCAUCAAGCGCCGCGCGAGAGCCCCGAAACAGUCACUCCGCCAUUUCCUUCUCACGACAAGCUACAAGGACCAGCUGACGGCAGCCAUCGGUCUUCUGAUCUGGUCCGCCUUCAUGUUCGGGACCGCCGCACUGAACUGGCCACUCUUACAUCACGGAAGCAAGCCCGGCGGAAUCUGCGACGACGUGCCGACCGUCUACUUCGUCCUCGCCCCCAAAAGGCCCUUCGUCGACCCGGGCUUUACCACAUUCCUCAGGGUAUGGACGGUUGGGGUGUGCAUCGUCGCAGUUCUCACCACGGCCGUGGGGAUCUUUAUCCUCACCGUCAGCGUUUUCGGGCCCGCCAUUGUUGGCUUACAACCCUGGCGGCGGCGGAACAACAAGAGGUCGGUCGAGGCCGGCCCAGGCGACGACCACGUCCACGACCCGCGUGCCUCGCGAGGAUAUUCUCACAAAGCCCGGGGGCGGCACACACAGGAGAUCCUCGCUUGUCUCCAUCACAGCGAGACGAGGUCGGUUCAGCAUCGGUAUCGGAGCAGGACGACGGCGCCAGCUCGAUUCAGUCUGUGGAACAUCCCGUGGGCCAUCCUUUUGGCCGUCCUGCUGGUGAUCACCAUUGUCUGCUCCGAGUUGACUGUUGUUCCUCUGGACUUUGCGCGCCCGCCACUGCACGAGACUGCCGAGAUUUUGGCAUUCUUGAUCGGCUUGUAUUCGUUGGCUUUGACAUUGCUGAGUGUUGUUGGGGCCUUCGUUGCGGCUUUCCUACGCAGUCGCCGCCGCAAAAACAAGGGGCAUGGGGGUCAUUCACAAUCUUACCACGGCAAGGAGAAACAAGUGCAACAACCUGGUAUAGCGUAUUAGAUGGUGGUUUGUAACUAUUUGGGGCAUUAGAGAUUUGGAUAAUUUGUUCAUGCAGCCAGUCCACAGUGUGUUCCAAGUUAUUCGUGCGCGAUAGGAAUAAGGGGAAUAACGUUCAAGAAACCAAAACAGAGAUAUCUACUGAAGCAAGCCCGUGUGUAGGAACUUUAAUCCAUAAGGACCACAAUACAUCGGCUCAAUUGGGGCAAAUCAGUGAAGCAUCUAAUGCUAUUUUAGGAAUAACGGA